AUGCCAGGGCCAGAGAGGGAGGAUGAUUAUGCGGCCUUACUCAAGGCUGUGCGAAGCGGUGAUGCUGAACAGGAACAUAUAGUGGAGGAGUUGGUCAAUAUGAUUUCGGAACAUGAUUUGGCAAUGCUUAAUGAAGGCGGUACAGCUCUACAUUGGACAACUAUUAGUGGGAAUCGCAGGAUGGCAGAGUGUCUGAUUAGAAAGAACAAGAACGUGCUCAGCAUUAGAAAUUGUCGAAAUGAACUUCCAGUUUCUCUGGCUUUGGGCUUUGGGCAUACAGAAUUGGCUCGCUAUCUCUAUUCUCAAACUCCAAUCCACGAUCUGGAGGAAGAUCAAGGCUGCCAUGGUGCUUCACUUCUUAACCGUUGUUUUUAUAACGGAGAUUUAGAUAUGGCUUUGGAUUUAAUGAAGCGUUGUCCUAGUUUGGCUUUUGCCUUGGACCAUCAAUCACCACAUGUCUACCCUUUGGAGACUGCUAUCGAUCAUAUAAGAGGAGCAGCUUUGCAAAUGCAAAGAGAAGUUCAAUGGUUUAAGGUGGUGGAAAGCAUAUGCCCUCCCUCUUUUAAGGAAACUUUAAACAAAGAUGGUUUGACUCCCGGACAAUUGUUUACGAAAGACCACCAAAAAAUGAGAAAAGAGGGAGAAAGAUGGAUGAAAGACACAGCAACUUCUUGUACAGUGGUCGGGGCUCUCAUCAUUACCAUUAUGUUCGCGGCAGCAUUUACCAUUCCUGGUGGUAACAAUCAAGAUACAGGCAUGCCAAUCCUCGUGCAUGACAAACUUUUUACACUCUUUAUAGUAGCUGAUUCUCUGUCGCUAUUUUCUUCCACGACUUCAGUAUUAAUGUUUUUAGGAAUACUUACAUCACGUUAUGCAGAAGAAGACUUUCAUAAAUCCUUGCCCAGAAAGAUGAUUAUAGGCCUUUUCGCUCUCUUCUUCUCUAUUGCAACUAUGAUGAUAGCCUUUUCUACUGCUCUUUUACUUAUGUUAUGUGGAAAAUACCAAAUCGUCGUUCCUAUUAUUGGUUUGGCUGGUAUUCCCGUUAUUCUAUUUGUAGUGAUGCAAUCUCGCCUUCUUGUUGAGAUGUUUAAUUCAACCUAUAGAAUAGGCAUCUUUGAUAGAAAAAUGAAACGUUCAUUUUAACUUUUUAUCUUAUUUGUUGUAAUGUUGUAUUAAUAUAUGGCAGACUAAGCAGAAUUGAUGAUUA